ACGACUGUCACUAAAGCGGAAAAGGGCACAACCUUCAGUCCCGUCUGCUUAUGUUUAUAUGACGGUCUGGCCGCUUGUGUCGCAACCGACUCUUUCCCUCUUCUGUACCUCGCUCGAAACAAACGCUCGACAGUCCAAACACCCAGUUUCAAGUCUCUCUCAACGAAUCUUACAGGAUCUCUCCAUUAUUGGAUACCUGACACUAUGUCUCGUGGCAACCAGCGCGAAAAGGAUCGCCAAGCCAACCUCGAUAAACAGAAAAAACUUAAAGCGGGAAAUAACAAGAGCGGUACCAAAAUGCAGCAGGAGAAAGAGACCGCCGCUGAAAUUAUGCGACGAAAGCAGGCAGCUUCUGAUGCCCGCAAGGCUGGCACCGCCGGCAAGAAAUAAACGCUGGUGUACGAAUAUCAACAAGUUCGGCUCGAAAACCAUCGCUCACUUUACCAAAAACCGGAAACCGCAAGAAUAUAUGAAAUUGAGGGCCGGACCAAGUGUGGUACGUUCGAAACCAGAUGGCUUUCUUCAGCAGCGACGAAACGAAACGAAUUUUGGGUAGCACAGGCGAAGCGGUGCAAUGAUAUGGAUUUGUUUUUUUUUAUAAAAAGGUCAUUAGCCUUCCCCUCUUUCAAUAAAACUUUGUGAUCAUGUUUCUCGUGACGGUUAAAU